AUGUCUUUUACAAUUCCUUCCGUGGUGAUCGAAAACGGCUCGACUAACACUAGGGCCGGGUUCUCAAAUGACGAAAUCCCUCCAUUAGUUUUCAGCUCCAAUUACGGUGAGAACUCCCAAUCCCAUGAAAUUUUCGUUGGCGAUGACAUAUAUCUCAAAAAUAGACCCUCCAAAUACCAAGAUCUCGAGGUUUUUUCAAUGUUGAAUGACGGGAUGGUUUACAAUUGGGACAAUUUGGAAAAAAACUGGGAAUAUAUCUUCAAGAGUUUGAAAGUGUAUGGCCAUGGCGAUUCAGAAGACGUUUAUCCUUUGGUUACCACAGAAGUCAGUUGGAACAGCAAGAAGAAUAAAAAGAAAUUGGGGGAAUUGGCAUUUGAAAAAUUCGAGGUUCCUAGCUUCAGUCUUUUAAAAAAUCCGCUCUGUAUCACCUACGGUCUUGGCAGAUCCAAUGGGUUAAUUAUCGACAUUGGUGGGUCAGUAAUGAGCGUCACCGGGGUGGUAGACGGUAAUAUUCUAACCAAGAGCGCAGUUCAUUCGAAAUAUGCGGGGGAUUAUUUGAAUUUCCAAAUUUUCAACUAUCUUAAAAGAUCAUUCUAUCCUCAAUCGGACCCGGUUUCUAAGAAAUUAUUGAAAUUCCCUAACGUCACCACAUCAUUUAAAAAUUUCGAUCUCAAUGCCAACCUAUUGAACGAUUUCAAAUACUCAAUUCUAAAAACAGCCCAAUUUCAAAUCACUCCUCAGAAUCUAGGCAAUUUUGGAGUCGAAACCAAGAACUAUCAGCUUCCCGAUGGAAGAAUAAUAAAUAUCAACUCUGAACAAUUAUUGUUGACAGAAACUUUGUUCAAACCAUUAUUGUUCGAUACAAAAGUCGCCAAUAAUGAACCUACUGCCCCAGUGCCAGGGAUUAUUGAUCUUGUAUUGAACUCGCUUAACAAAUUCAGAGAUACUCCAGAAGUCAUCUCUCAACUAUUGUCAAAUAUAAUAAUCAGUGGUGGCGGGGCUUCUAUUCCUGAUAUUGAAAAGAGAAUUUAUUUUGAAUUGAACUCUUUGUUGCCAAACUUCCAAAUCAAUUGUUUCUGCAACCCUAGCUUAUUGGAUAGACAAAAUGCCGUAUGGAUUGGUGCAGGAAUCUUAUCGAGUAUGAAUAACUUUGAUGGGUUUAUGUCAAGAAAAGAAUAUUUGGAACUUGGUGAAGAUAGAUUUUUUGAAAAAUUCAAAUGA